ACUUUGAAGUUGUUUCGCUGCCGCAAAGAUGAAAGCGUUGUAGAUUAAGAAUGUUACAGUAUUAUCUUUAAAAGAAACGCGUAAUCUUGAUAUAAGUCUCUACUGUUCUUACAACUUUUCAAAGGAGGAAUAUUCCGGGUGAAAUAAUAUCUCCGUGUGGGGUAUCAAGCGACGUUCAUGUAACAACAUUGAUUCAAAGCACAGGAUGGAUUUAUUUUUUUUUAUGUAUUUUUUUUAAUAAGAGGGCAUGUCCUUGUUGUGAAUGGCAAAAGUCAUGGCUUACUGGUUCCCACCUAUUUGGGGAACCUGUUUGUUGGUUCCACUGAUUCUCAGUCACUUUACUCAUGCUCAAGAUUUGAAGCCCACCAGAUGGCCUCUUUACCCUCACAAGCCUUUGGUUCUCAUCUGGAAUGCCCCGACAGAAGACUGCAGACCUCGCCACAAUGUCCAUUUCGAACUCGAUCAGUUUCAGAUUGUAGCCUCACCCAAUGAGGGUUUUACCAAACAGAACCUCACAAUAUUUUACAAAGACCGCCUGGGUCGGUAUCCAUACUUUGAGGCAGAUGAAACAGCCAUCAAUGGUGGACUUCCACAAACCGCCAGCAUCACACACCACCAGCAGAAGAUGCCAGAAGGGAUCAGGAAAUACAUUCGCGACUCAUCUGCACAAGGUUUAGCUGUUAUAGACUGGGAAGAAUGGCGCCCGUUAUGGGUACGAAACUGGGACACAAAAGAUGUUUACAGGAGACAUUCGCUGGUUUUAGUGGCCCAAAAAAACCCAAACUGGACAACUGAACAGAUAAAGAAAGUAUCCCAACAGGAAUUUGAGAUCUCUUGCCGCAAAUUCAUGCUAGAGACAUUACGUCUGGCCAAAAGCUUGCGUCCCAACCAGCUGUGGGGCUUCUACCUCUUUCCUGACUGCUAUAACCAUGAUUACCGCAACAGCUUGGAGAACUACACGGGCCGUUGCCCGGAUGUUGAGGUAGCCAGGAAUGACCAUCUUAAAUGGCUUUGGACUGAAAGCACAGCCCUUUUUCCUUCAAUAUACAUGGCCUCAGUGUUGCGUUCGACAUCUUCUGGGCGCCAGUUUGUCCGUAACAGGGUGAAGGAGGGAAUGAGAUUGGCAUCGGUUGGAGAGGGACCGGCACGCCCUGUUUUUGUCUAUACGCGUCCCUCUUAUGCUAAUGAGCUGGAAUUGCUGACUGAGACAGAUUUGGUUUCCACCAUUGGAGAAAGUGUGGCCCUGGGUGCAGCUGGUAUUAUACUCUGGGGUGAUGCCAGUUAUGCCAGUAGCAAUGCGAGCUGUUUCAGUCUGACCCAAUACUGGGGUCCUCUGGGUCGGUACCUCGUCAACGUCUCCACAGCAGCCGAGCAGUGCAGUCGCUUCCUGUGCGGUUCCCACGGUCGAUGUCUGCGCAGACACUCGGACACAGACACAUAUCUCCACCUAGACCCGCAGACGCACACUAUAGUGGGUCAGGGGAGCGGACUGCAUGUGAAAGGAGAGCUGAGCACAGAAGAACAGAGACAAAUGAGCGAGGACUUUCAGUGCCAGUGUUUUAUGGGGUAUAAGGGUGAGAGAUGCUAUCUUGAAGACCCUCUUCACCAGAAAGGAGCGGCACAUGCACUUAAAGCAUUGUGGCUUUAUAUUCUCACACUAUUGCUGCUUCAUUUAUUGGCCUGAGCGGUUUAUAUUAAUUUGGUUAUAUUUAUAUUUAGGGAUAGUUCACUGACAAUUUAAAUUCUGUCAUCAUUUACUCACCCUCUUGUCAUUCCAAACCUGUAUACAUUUUUUUUUUCUACUGCAGAACUCAAAAUAAGAUUUUAUCUUCGAGCUGCUCUUUUCUAUGCAAUAUAAGCAUAUUUUGAACCAAGGCUCUAAAAAAGGACAAAAAGCAAACAAUUAGCACAAUAAAAUAAUGAAAAAGUAGUCCAUUUGACUUGUGCGCUAUAUUCCUAGUCUUCUGAAGACAUAUGAGAAUGCUUUGUGUCAGCAUUCAGUUAUUCAUUAAAUAAAUUAUAAAAAAAGUUUUUUUGUGAUAAUUUAUCAUUUUAUUUUAAUGUACAUUUUUAUAGUAAAAUUUACAAUUACAUUUUUAACAUUUCAUUAACAAAUACUAAUUUAUUCUCAUGUGUACUGCCAAAUUUGCCACGUUAAUACGCGUCACGUCAUGUGAAACUGGCGUCAGUGUUUCAUCAACAACAUGAAAUACAAAGUUUGAAUGGUCACGAUAUGUUUGAAAAUGAGCAGCAUGAGCCAUCUGUCAAAACUUAUUUUGUGUUCCACUAAAGGAAAAAAAGUCAUACGGUUUUGUAAUGACAUGAGGGUGAGUAAAUGAUGACAUAAUAUUCUUUUUUUGGGGGUAAACUGUUCCUUUAAUGGACACCCCAUGCACACCGCGACAGACACUUUAACGUUCUUUUGUUUUUACUUCCGAAAUAGUCAGUAAGCUUCAAAUGCUGUUUGUAAGAAGACUUUCUCCAAGGUUGAAAUCAUGUGAGUGAGCUGAUAUUGCAUAGAAUAAACACAGGAAACUCUGAUACCUCUGAGUUUAAAUAAGCACUUUUGUUUGUUGUCACACAUAUUUCUCCACUCAGACUAUUUGAACCAUAUACGCAUGUUGUGCAACAGGAAAAUCACUCAUAAAUAAAAGUAUUUCGAUUUUUUGUUGCAUGUUCACAUGUGAGCCACACUUAAGCACUGGACUGUGAGAGUAUUAUUUACUUUUAUAGUUUCAGAUGUUAACACUUUUGUGACUAUAAUGAACUAUUGUCUUAAUUGUGAUACACAUUGGAAUGAUUUCAGCAGUUUCCUGUAUGUUAUCGCUUUUAAUAAAAAAAAG